UAGCGUCAAUGUUGAAAGUAGAAAAUAAUUAUGAGGUGUAGGGAAUUAGAAGUGGAUGAUGGUGUUUUAGGUUGAAAUUCUCAUGUCGGCUCAUGGCAAAUACUACUUUUUUUUUUUAAAUAAAAAAAUUUUAUUAAAAAAAUGAAAGCAAAAAAAAAAUAUAUACUGGAAGAUUUUGAGUUCGAUCCUGUUGAAGCUAGUUAUAUAAAAAAAUAAAAAGAAUAAUAAAAUCAAUUACAUCCAAAUGAAUGCACGGGCGUAAGUGUGACCUGAAAGGCAUGAACAGGAGUAUCAUAGUCAUGCCGGUUGAACCUGACAAGUACGUUAAAAAACAUGAACGCUGUUAUUAAUUAAGCAGGUGCUUCACGCUAUAAAUGAUGUUGAUGUCCAAAUGGCCGGCUGUUGAUUUUCGUCACAGUUGCAACACUAAUUCAAAAAACUUUUUAUUUCUUUUUUUUUUCCUUUUAAUUUCUAUGUUUCAAAAAGACCAAUCAGGGCCUAUUUUGUCUAUCUGGCCAUCAAUAAAUCCAAUACCGGACAUAAUCCUAAAAGUUGGGAGAAAGAUAAAUUAAGAAACUAUGGGUUAAUCCUAAUGGUCUUAUUGAACCCUUUUUCAAACCAGAAAUGAAUGACAAGUCACAGUGGAACACCUCUCUUCCACCCUAGCUUAGCCCCACACAUUUUUGCUUUUUUUAUUUAUCUUUUCUAAAGCUAUUUUUCUCCCUUUAUUGGGCAUCUUGUUUAGACCCACAAGGGCCUAAUUGAUAUUUUAUACAAUUGGUACUACCCAUCUCAUCUGUACAUCAAUAUUCUCAUUUUACUCUAUAAAUACCUGCAUAGAACUUUCAUAUUUUUGCCGUCAUCUGUCUCUCUUUCAAUCAUAUUAGUAGUUGGGUGUUGUGAGAUAAACCAAGAUGGAUAGUGCAAGGCCUCCUUUGGCAUUUCUCUCUCUGGCCUUUGCUUUGCUUCUUUCUUGCGCCGUUUGUGUAGGUUGGUAUUUUACCCAUUAGCAGAAUAUGAUUUUUGUAUGUUUGUAUUUUGAUUUCAUUUUAAUCACAGUUCUUGUGGACCUGAACAUUUUGGUUCUAUGCCAUGCAGAGUCAAGAUACCAUGGAAGAAACCAGUACCGGAUGGCAAAUGACGGUCGGAGGAUGUGGUGCAUUGCAAAGCCAUCGACAGAGGCAGGGACGCUUUUCCGCAACAUAGAUUUUAGCUGUGGGCAAAGUGGAGUGGACUGUACUCCAAUUCAACCGGGUGGUAGCUGCUUCAAUCCAGACACACCUGUUUCACAUGCCUCUUAUGCCAUGAAUCUCUUCUACAAGUUUGCAGGCAAGCACCCUUGGGAUUGCAAUUUCAAUGGCACUGGUGUUACUGUCCCUCAGAACCCUUCUUUUGGUACCUGCAUCUACCCUCUGUGACGAGAGAAAGAGAGAGAGAGUCAAGAAGUAGAGACUAGACAGCACAGUUUCAAUGUUUUUGUUUGUAGUUGCCUUGGAUUGAGGGGUUAUAACUUCUAAUAUGAUGCCUUGAUAUGUAUUGGAUGAGAGGCAGACUCGACUCAUUUGUAGAAGGGCUGAGGCUGGUGCUAAUUAAUUACCAAUGUUUUCUAUUGAUUAACAGCUAAGAGUGUUUGCGUUCCAACUUCCAAUCAACCUCAGCUUCAAGUUAUAUAAAAUAAAAAGAAAAGAAGGAAAAUCAAUAGAACUUUACCCUUUCAUCUUUCCAGUAUAAUGAAUAACAGAAUAUGUAAAUAUCUUGCCUCCUGCUAAAGUGUGGUAGCAGAACCCAAUUCUUCCAUCUACGUCGAAAAUUACUAUAGGAAAGGGGCAUAGCUUAUUCAAGUUCAAGCAUAGGCAUCAGAUGCAACUAUCCCUGUACAGCCUUUAAAAUGUGAAAAGAAUGAAUCGGGAUAUUUACCUGGAAGCUCAAACGAUUUGAGUCGGAUAACACACAGAAAAGGAUUUCAUUUAACCAAUUAGAAAUUGAAAUAAUCCAUCUCCUGGCCCAAACAUUGCAAUGAAAGCAUCCAACUCACUAAGUAAAACAGUAACUUCCUUGGCCAAAAGAACACGUUAAUACUUGAUAAUACAUUUCGUUGCUGCUCUGCUGCCAGGCAGCUCAUUGCUUCCAGUGUCAUCAAUUUAAACAAAAUUCUCUUGCAUUUUAUAGCACCAACACUGGUAAUUAAAAGGAGAGAUCAAAAAAAAAAA